UCAUUUCCCGUGCGCCCCAGACCGUGUUGCAUGAACCGUGUGCUGGCUCGCUGCUUUUGUUGUAAGAUAUCUCCGCUUGUUGUCACAUAGCAACAUAUAAAGGGGCCCGUUGUUAGAAUAGCUGUUGUGAUGGCUGAAGCGAUUCAGAAGAAGUUACAGUCUGAGUUGGAGAAAUAUCAACAACUGCAGAAAGAUGUCAGUAAAAGUAUGUCAGCGAGACAGAAAUUGGAGGCACAGUUGACCGAAAAUAAUAUUGUUAAGGAGGAGCUUACAAUGUUGGACAGCCAAAAUACAGUUUACAAACUAAUUGGACCAGUUCUGGUCAAGCAAGAUCUAGAUGAAGCCAAAGCAACAGUGAGCAAGAGAUUGGAAUACAUCAAUGGUGAAAUUCAGCGCUAUGAAACCGUACUGAAGGAGAUGGAGAGGAAGUCUGAGCAGCAUCGGGAAGUUCUGUCCAGCCUGCAGCAGGAGUACCAGCGCGCUCAGGGUCAGGCUGUUGGGAAAGCUUAAAAUGGAUUAUGAUUCUGGACACUAGUCCUGUCCGGCAAAACUCAGAGACUGAAUAUGCCUGCUAAUAACACAUGCUUGUUCACAUGUCUGUUAACAGAAUCCUGUAGGUUUUUUGUUUGAUGCUGUCAAUAAAUUUUGGUUAUUUA